UACACCUAGAAUGAAAAUAAACUCCAGAGCAUAGACAGCAGUGGCGGCUGUGCCAGUGACAUGGGGAAGAAUCACUGCCGUUUCUUCUGCAUGUCUGAAAGGUGACAGCAACACCCUACCAGCAAUUAAAACCUAAUGGCUUUUCCUUACUGUCCAGGGACAAAUUGUAGGUCACGGCAUAUUUGUAUCUACAGAUAGGACUAUUUAUGUUGUGAUGGAGUAGGACUUCUUUUUAAAGUGGUAUUUCUAUUUUAGGUGCCCUAAAUCUUAGGUUAAUGAAUCUAAGAAGAUUCUCCCGCACUCCCUGUUAUGCCUUGUGCGGAUGUGCAUGAAACUAAAGAAGAAAAAUUGUGUUUUCCUCUUAGUGACCUGGUUACCUGCUGUCAGUGUGAUUCUGUAUUGGACAUAUGAAUAAUCAUACUGCAGAUACUUCCAGCAGCAGAAUGGGAAAGAAGUGGGAGCUGGCGUGAACCUCGGCCCAACCUUGUCUCAGCCUACAGAGGGCAAUUAACAAACAGCAGCUGGUAUCCAGAACUGAUGCCCGAUGAGAGAAAGGGAAAGUUAAGGAUGCUGGAGCAGAACAAUGGAUUUCUCUUUCUCUUUCAUGCAAGGGAUCAUGGGAAACACAAUUCAGCAACCACCUCAACUCAUUGACUCCGCCAACAUCCGCCAGGAGGAUGCCUUUGAUAACAACAGUGACAUUGCUGAAGAUGGUGGCCAAAUACCGUAUGAAGCUACCUUGCAGCAAGGCUUUCAGUACCCACCUACAACAGAAGAUCUUCCUCCACUCACAAAUGGCUAUCCACCGCCAAUCAGUGUAUAUGAAACUCAAACCAAAUACCAGUCAUAUAAUCAGUAUCCCAAUGGGUCAGCCAAUGGCUUUGGUGCAGUUAGAAACUUUAGCCCCACUGACUAUUACCAUUCAGAAAUUCCAAACACAAGACCACAUGAAAUUCUGGAAAAACCUUCCCCUCCACAGCCAACACCUCCUCCUUCGGUACCACAAACUGUGAUUCCAAAGAAGACUGGCUCACCUGAAAUUAAACUAAAAAUAACCAAAACUAUCCAGAAUGGCAGGGAAUUGUUUGAGUCUUCCCUUUGUGGAGACCUUUUAAAUGAAGUACAGGCAAGUGAGCACACAAAGUCAAAGCAUGAAAGCAGAAAAGAGAAGAGGAAAAAAAGCAACAAGCAUGACUCAUCGAGAUCUGAAGAGCGCAAGUCACACAAAAUCCCCAAAUUAGAACCAGAGGAACAAAAUAGACCAAAUGAAAGGGUGGACAGUGUAUCAGAAAAACCAAGAGAAGACCCAGUACUAAAAGAAGAAGCCCCGGUUCAGCCAAUACUAUCUUCUGUUCCAACAACAGAAGUGUCCACUGGUGUUAAGUUCCAGGUUGGUGAUCUUGUUUGGUCCAAGGUGGGAACCUAUCCUUGGUGGCCUUGUAUGGUCUCAAGUGAUCCCCUGCUCGAAGUCCAUACCAAAAUUAACACAAGAGGUGCCCGGGAAUACCAUGUUCAAUUUUUUAGCAACCAGCCAGAGAGAGCUUGGGUUCACGAAAAGCGGGUACGGGAGUAUAAAGGCCAUAAGCAGUAUGAGGAAUUACUGGCUGAGGCCACCAAACAAGCCAGCAAUCACUCUGAGAAACAAAAGAUUCGGAAACCUCGGCCUCAGAGAGAACGUGCUCAAUGGGAUAUUGGCAUUGCCCAUGCAGAGAAAGCAUUGAAAAUGACUCGAGAAGAAAGAAUAGAACAGUAUACCUUUAUCUAUAUUGAUAAACAGCCUGAAGAGUCUUUAUCCCAAGCGAAAAAGAACGUUGCCUCCAAAGCCGAAGUUAAAAAAACCCGAAGACCAAGAUCUGUGCUGAACGCUCAGUCAGAACAGACCAAUGCCGGGGAGGUGGCCUCCUCACUGUCAAGUACUGAAAUUCGGAGGCACAGCCAGAGGCGGCACACGAGUGUGGAAGAGGAAGAGUCACCUCCUGUUAAAAUCGCCUGGAAAACGGCGGCAGCAAGGAAAUCCUUGCCAGCUUCCAUCACGAUGCACAAGGGGAGCCUGGAUUUGCAGAAGUGUAACAUGUCUCCAGUUGUGAAAAUUGAACAAGUGUUUGCGCUUCAGAAUGCUACAGGGGAUGGGAAAUUUAUCGAUCAAUUUGUUUAUUCAACAAAGGGAAUUGGUAACAAAGCAGAAAUAAGUGUCAGGGGGCAAGACAGACUUAUAAUUUCUACACCAAACCAGAGAAAUGAAAAGCCAACACAGAAUAUAUCGUCUCCUGAAGCAGCAUCUGGUCCUACAGGCUCAGCAGAAAAGAAGCAACAGAGAAGAUCAAUUAGAACUCGUUCUGAAUCAGAGAAAUCCACUGAGGUUGUGCCAAAGAAGAAGAUCAAAAAGGAGCAGGUUGAAACAGUUCCUCAGGCUACCGUGAAGACUGGAUUACAGAAAGGUGCCAGCGAGAUUUCAGAUUCCUGUAAACCUCUAAAGAAAAGGAGUCGCGCCUCUACCGAUGUAGAAAUGACUAGUUCAGCAUACAGAGACACAUCUGACUCCGAUUCUAGAGGACUGAGUGAUCUGCAGGUAGGCUUUGGAAAGCAAGUAGAUAGCCCUUCAGCUACUGCAGAUGCAGAUGUUUCUGACGUGCAGUCCAUGGAUUCGAGUUUGUCAAGAAGAGGCAGUGGCAUGAGUAAGAAGGACACUGUAUGUCAGAUUUGUGAAAGCUCUGGUGACUCUCUGAUUCCUUGUGAGGGAGAGUGCUGCAAACACUUUCACCCCGAGUGCCUGGGGUUGACAUCACUCCCUGACGGAAAGUUCGUCUGUAUGGAAUGCAAAACCGGGCAGCACCCAUGUUUUUCAUGUAAGGUGUCUGGUAAAGAUGUGAAGCGUUGUUCUGUUGGCGCGUGUGGGAAAUUCUAUCAUGAAGCCUGUGUCCGCAAAUUCCCCACUGCCGUCUUUGAGUCGAAAGGAUUCCGCUGUCCCCAGCACUGCUGCUCUGCCUGCUCUAUGGAGAAAGAUAUCCACAAAGCAAGUAAAGGCCGCAUGAUGAGAUGUUUGAGAUGUCCAGUUGCCUAUCACUCUGGGGAUGCUUGCAUUGCAGCCGGAAGCAUAUUUGUGUCCUCCUACAUUCUCAUCUGUAGUAAUCAUUCCAAACGGAGCAGUAAUUCUGCUGCUGCUGUAAAUGUAGGCUUUUGUUUCGUUUGUGCCAGAGGGCUGAUAGUUCAGGACCAUUCAGACCCCAUGUUCAGUUCAUAUGCCUAUAAGUCCCACUACCUACUGAAUGAAUCAAAUCGUGCUGAGUUGAUGAAAUUACCUAUGAUUCCUUCUUCGUCAGCUUCCAAAAAGAAAUGUGAGAAAGGUGGAAGAUUGCUCUGCUGUGAAUCGUGCCCGGCUUCCUUCCACCCGGAAUGCCUGAGCAUAGACAUGCCAGAAGGCUGCUGGAAUUGCAAUGACUGUAAAGCUGGCAAGAAACUACAUUACAAGCAGAUUGUUUGGGUCAAAUUGGGAAAUUACAGAUGGUGGCCAGCGGAGAUCUGCAAUCCCAGGUCUGUGCCACUGAACAUCCAGGGCCUUAAACAUGACCUGGGGGACUUCCCUGUGUUCUUCUUUGGUUCUCAUGACUACUACUGGGUGCACCAGGGCAGAGUGUUCCCUUACGUUGAAGGAGACAAAAGCUUUGCUGAGGGACAGACUAGUAUUAACAAGACCUUCAAAAAAGCACUAGAAGAAGCUGCAAAACGUUUCCAGGAACUGAAAGCACAAAGAGAAAGUAAAGAAGCCCUAGAGACUGAAAAAAACUCAAGAAAACCCCCUCCUUACAAACACAUCAAAGCUAACAAAGUAAUAGGAAAGGUUCAGAUCCAGGUCGCCGACCUGUCGGAGAUCCCCCGCUGUAACUGCAAGCCGGCUGAUGAGAACCCGUGCGGCCUGGAGUCGGAGUGCCUGAACAGGAUGCUGCAGUACGAGUGCCACCCGCAGGUGUGCCCUGCCGGAGAUCGGUGUCAGAACCAGUGCUUCACAAAGCGCCUCUACCCUGACGCCGAGAUCAUCAAGACCGAGCGAAGAGGCUGGGGCCUCAGGACCAAAAGGAGCAUUAAGAAGGGCGAAUUUGUAAAUGAAUAUGUCGGUGAAUUAAUUGAUGAAGAAGAAUGCAGAUUGCGAAUCAAGCGAGCCAACGAGAACAGUGUAACUAAUUUUUAUAUGUUAACUGUUACCAAGGACCGUAUCAUUGAUGCUGGCCCAAAAGGAAAUUAUUCUCGCUUUAUGAACCACAGUUGUAAUCCAAACUGUGAAACACAGAAGUGGACAGUGAAUGGAGAUGUUCGAGUCGGACUUUUUGCUCUUUGUGACAUUCCUGCAGGGAUGGAGUUGACAUUUAAUUACAACCUGGACUGUCUGGGCAACGGCAGAACAGAGUGCCACUGUGGGGCAGAUAACUGCAGUGGUUUUCUAGGAGUGCGGCCAAAGUCGGCAUGUGCGUCAACAGCUGAAGAGAAGGCAAAAAAUGCUAAGUUGAAGCAGAAGAGACGUAAAAUCAAAACAGAACCAAAGCACAUGCAUGAAGAUUGCUGUUUUCGAUGUGGAGAUGGUGGAGAGCUGGUCAUGUGUGACAAAAAAGACUGUCCCAAAGCAUACCACCUCUUAUGCCUUAACCUGACGCAGCCACCGUAUGGAAAGUGGGAAUGCCCAUGGCACCAGUGUGAUGCGUGUGGCAGUGCAGCUGUCUCCUUCUGUGAGUUCUGUCCACAUUCGUUCUGUAAAGAUCAUGAAAAGGGGGCUCUGGUUCCUUCUGCACUGGAAGGCCGUCUCUGCUGCUCUGAACAUGACCCCGUAUCUCCUGUGUCACCAGAAUACUGGAGCAAGAUAAAAUGUAAAUGGGAAUCACAGGAUCAUGGAGAAGAAGUAAAAGAAUAAAUGGGCGGCACCCCCCUUUUUCUAUUUAAAUGAAAAAGCAAAUAGAGAAUGCAUUUAAAAAGAAGAGACUUCUACAGUGCAUACAGCCUUUGCCAUCAGAACUGCCUUACUAAAGCGAAAAUGGGAAACCAGUUCAUGCAGGCAGAAGCAGUUGGUGGUGUCUGGUUUUUCUGUUUUGUUGGCUUAGGGAUUCUUUUGUGGAGGGUUAAAUUCCCUUGAUCUUUUCUUGCCUUUUAUUGUGCUUCAAUGCCUUUGCAUCUGGGAAAAGAGAUGUCUUCGCUUUUAAAAUAAGAACAAAGAAAAAAGAAAGUUUUGUUAAUGAGAUAAAUUUAAAGUCUAAGAUGUGUUCCUUGGUUGUAUAAAGCAAAAGAAACCAUCAUUCCUUUAUUUAUUUUCAUUAUUAGGAAUUUUGAGAAGUAUAGUUCAAAUAGUCUAAUCAGUGUAUGUGUGUGUGUUUUAAGUAGGAAUCAGAGAAAGCCCUCUUAGAAAAGGGUAUGAUAAUCUUUAUAUACCUCUUUACUGAGCAGUAGGUAGGCUAACUUCUCUUCCCCUUCAAGAUGCUUUUCAUAGUCUUAGAGACGGGCUCUAUGGAAGUAUUAAAUCUGGCCUCUUGGAAACAAA